AUGAUAUCUCCUCCAUCUUCCAUUCGCAAAAGGACUUGGCGCCUGGUCUCUCAAUUGUCUCUUCUUCUACGAAAAAGCACCAAAGCUAUGACUCGCGAUAGCCCUCCGUCCGCGGGGGAGCAUGCCGGCCAUGACCACCACGAAACACACCCGCACCACCACCCAAAGAGGUUGAUCUUUGCACCCGGCGACAUCCAAGCGCCCCUCUCCUCCCCCGCGGCCCCCACCAUCACCACCGCAACACCACGCAGCACAAUCGACCCCCAAACCGCAAAAUAUCAUUCUGCCUCUCCCUUACCGCCUCACCUACCGGUCAUCGACGAUCCCACCCGCUCCGGAGCCUCAACUCCAUCCACCAAUGCCGCCGUCGUCUCCCGCGCCGCCCGCGCCCAUCAAUUCCUCACCAACCCACCCCUGACUUUCUCCCAGAUCCAUCCUACCAAUCCGCUACAUCAGUUCCACACCUGGUUCCGGGAUGCUAGAUUAGCGCCAUCCUCCGCACCGGAGACGUGCACGCUGGCUACUGCGAGUAUGCCUUCGGGCCGUGUGAGUGCUAGGAUUGUAUACCUGAAAGAGCUUGAUGAGCGGGGGUGGGUUGUGUAUAGUAACUGGGGCAGUCGGGCGGGAAAGGGAGGGCAGGUGUUUGGUACGGAGACGGGGAUCGAUGUUAAUGGUAGGGAAGAAGAAGAAGAAGUAGGGGAGGAAGGGAGUGUGAUUCCUGACGAUGGGCAGGGAAAGCUGGAGGGCAAUCGAUGGGCGGCGUUGACGUUUAAUUGGCCCAGUGUGGAGAGGCAGGUUAGGGUUGAAGGGCUGAUUGAAAUGUUGAGCCGCGAGGAGAGCGAGACGUAUUGGCGGGUUAGGGAGAGAGGGAGCCAGAUUGGGGCGUGGGCGAGUCAGCAGAGUAAAGUGUUGUGGUCGACGGAGCCGAGGGAUAUGGAGGGUGUGGAUGCUGUUCCUGGGGCUGCUAGCCGCCUUAAGGAUAUUAAUUCUCAAUCGGGAGAAGAGGAUGAUGGACGCUCUGUGCUGGAGAAUCGGGUGAAAGAGAUGGAGAAGAGGUUUGCGGAUACCGAAGAGAUUCCUCUCCCGCCGUUCUGGGGAGGGGUCAGGCUUGUGCCUGAGUCAGUGGAGUUCUGGCAGGGGAGGAAAAGUCGACUGCAUGACCGCUUUCGGUACGUGAGGGUGCACGGGGAGAACGAGCAUCUGGGAGAAGGUGACGAAAAGACGUUUAGAUGGCGAAUUCAGAGACUGUCGCCGUAG